CGAGGCAGCAGCACACGCCGGCGGCAAGUGGACGGGAAGGAUGAAGGACUUCGUCGGGCUAGGGCACCUGUUCGUGGUGAGCUUCCUCUUCCACUUCUCCUCCUUCAUGGUGCUCCCGUCGAUCACCGACGUGACCAUGGACGCCGUCUGCCCCGGCCAAGACGAGUGCUCCGUCGCCAUCUACCUCAGCGGCUUCCAGAACGCCAUCACGGGGCUGGGUGCUCUCGUGGUGACUCCGAUCGUCGGGAAUUUGUCAGACAGGUAUGGCCGAAAGGCCCUGAUGACGCUGCCGGUGACCGUCGCGAUUUUGCCGCUGUUUAUACUGGCCUGCAAGCGCUCGGAGGUGUACUUCUACGUGUACUACGUCGCCAAGAUCGUCGCCGGGAUUUUCUGCGAGGGCAGCAUGCACUGCCUGUCGCUUGCCUACGUGGCCGACCAUGUAGGAACUAGGCGGCGCGCGGCGGCGUUCGGGCUCCUCUCCGGCGUGUCGGCGGCCGGGUUCCUCUCCGGGACCGUGACCGCGCGGUUCCUACCGACCUCAUCCACGUUCCAGGUCGCCGCUGCCGUCGCGGCGGCGGGAGCCAUCUACCUCAGGGCAUUCGUCCCGGAUUCGGGCGCCGCGGUCUCCUUCGAUGACGAAGCCUGCGAUCCCCUGCUCCAAGGCUCGCCCUGCUCUUCUGCCACUUCUUCCUCCAGUUCUUCUGAUGGAGAGCUGUCGCCGAGGCUCCCGCCCUACAAGGGCGUGCUGCCGUCUCCGUCCGACAUGGUCGCGCUUCUCACUAGCAGCUUGACAUUGUCAGCGGCGGCAAUGAUUACUUUCUUUUACAGUCUUGGUGAACAUGGACUUCAGACUGCAUUACUGUACUACCUCAAAGCACAGUUUGGCUACAGCAAGGACGAGUUUGCUAAUCUACUGCUGAUUGCGGGUGCUGCCGGAAUGCUCUCACAGCUAACAGUAAUGCCAGUCCUUGCUCCAUUCAUUGGUGAGGAGAUGCUACUUAUUAUUGGGCUGUUAGGAGGAUGCACCCAUGUUUUCCUCUACGGGAUCGCAUGGUCAUACUGGGUACCAUAUUUUGCUGCAGCCUUUAUAAUUUUGAGUUCCUUUGUUCACCCAUCUAUAAGAACGAAUGUAUCAAAAAGUGUUGGAUCAAAUGAGCAGGGGAUUGCUCAAGGGUGUAUAUCUGGAAUUAGUUCGUUUGCUAGCAUAUUAGCCCCACUCAUCUUUACUCCCUUAACAGCAUGGUUCCUUUCGGACACAAAGCCUUUUGACUUCAAAGGUUUCAGCAUUAUGGUUGCUGGUUUUUGUACGCUCAUUGCAUUUGUCAUCAGCACUAGGAUGCGUGGGGAAAGAUGUGGAGCAAGCGAGAAAGUGAGCAUUGUGCAGCAUGAGCAAGCAUGCUGAGUGAGUUAUCAAAGCAAUAUGUAAACCGAUCCCCAUAUACUGACACACAGCAUGCAUGAAGAAUGAAGAGUAUCGCGAAGCAAUACACAAGUUAAAGUCAUGUUUCCAGGAGAAUGAAUCAUCUGUAAAUUAAGGCACCUCUUCCUCCAUCACACAGACGACGCAAAGCUGGCCAGCAGAGUGAGCAAGGCCAGACUUCUGUAAACUUGCUCCUGCUUGUACAUUAGCACAUACAUACCUGACCGAACAACUUAACUGUAAAUAUCUUCAGAAAGGCAUGACUGAGAAGCAGUUAGAUGGCCA